AAGGCCGGCACAGGUGGUUUGUCUGCAAAGGUGAUUAAACAUGCCUCUGUCAGAUUUUUCUUGGAAUCUCCAGACACAACCUUUUAUACAUGAAGUCUACCCUAAAAAAAGAAAAGCACCAGGCUGUGGUGAUGCUGAUGGGGAGGUGGUUGUUCAGGGUAACAGUGGAGAGUUGAUGGAAGACAAUGCAUGUAAGAGGAGGUGUGUAGAGGCUACAGGGGAUUAUGUAAUGGCAGAGGUGAAUCACAACAUGUCCGCCUCUGAGAAUCUCAAUUUCCUCUCCGUCCAAACAUCACAACCACAGGGAUGCUGGCCUUCAAAUCCUCAAUCGGAUGGUUCAUUUAUCAACCCUCUAGUCAUGACAACAGCAAUGCAGGAUGAUUCAAGUCUGUCUGAUAUUCCCAAUCAAUCAACAAACCAGCAGGAACACUUAACACAACAUCCAGUACAGGACAUGUAUUGUCACCAAUCAUCAAAUAGUGAGGACUGUAUGAUAAUGAAUUUAAAUGAAGAAACAUACUCCAGAACGAACAUCAACAUCAGUGAUCAUCAAAUGGCAUACAAUACUAUGGAUUCUGAUGGUGUACCAGACCCGGAACAGUACAAAUUAGAGAUGUGUGACACAAAUUGCUUACCACAGCAGUAGGAACAGCUUUAUACAGUGAGGUGGAGAGGACCCCCAUGUCAAGUAAAGUAAAGUGUUACUGCAGGCCAUCAUGGGAAGGAGUGAUGGGGAUGCGACCUUACAUUUCUGACUACUACUGAAUAAUUGUUUAUUUGUUUAUAUAUGAAUCACAAUUAAGCACAUUUUUUUUUAAAUUCAAUAUGUUGGCAGGAAACAAUACAGCUAUUCAUUUCAUUACUUGAGUACAAAAAUAAACUUAAACUUUUGAACUGUUUAAACACAAAUCUUUAAGUGCCAUGUUUUAAAAUAAGUGCAACUUUUGUAUUCUUUGUUUGAUUAAGGAAUAUGGAAACAUUAAUGGCAUGAUGACACAGAAAUGUGGUAAAACUAUAGGCUUCAGAUUUCUCUUCCAUAUUAAAAACCUGAUACAUGGUUAAUCACUUAUUAGUGAACAAUGUUUAUUUAAAGAUAUAUGCAAUUUUGCAAAAACAAGUGAUAAAUGUGUUAUUGUGUGUGUAUAUAUGUAUGGUGUAAAUGGGACAUUGUAUCAAAUUUGCGUCUACCGUAAAAUGGUAUUCAUACAUGGGCUCAAAUUUUCAUGCCUUUCCAAAAUAAAACAUUUUCAUUAACAUUUCAUGGAUAGAUAUCACAAAAGGCAACAUUUCUAGUGGCAUUAAUUUCUUGAACAAAUGAAAUUGUUGACUAAUCCACUAAAUCAUUGAAAAUAAAAUUCCCACAAAAAUUUAUGAUUUUACAGUAUAUGUGUACAUGUAGGUACAUGAUUUAAGUAUGCAGUGUAUUGUAAUGGAGGUUUAAAUUACAGACAAGUAAUGGAUCCUGUUUAUGUUAAAUAUCAAGAAAACACUGACAUAUAGAAGAAAGCCGAAGUGAUCUCAUUAUUUUGGUAGAUUAGAUUUAAUCAAGCAAAGAUAAAUGUAAACUUUGUUGUAUAGGGUUAAGGAUUGCAGACAUAUGGUAUGUUUUGAUGCAUUUGACUUGCUUAAUUAACAGUUCUCUCUAGUUGAUCAGAUUUUUAACAAUGAAGAGACAUAUUAAAAUGUGAAAAAGUGUCAUUUUAGGGGUGUUGAAUUUUUGCCACUAAAUCAGUGUUUGACAGUAUUUAUAAGAUUCCCUUAAGACAGAUGUUGUGCCUCUGUGUGUAUAUAGACUUAUACAUGGAUAUAAGUUAUAUCAUUUGCAUACAUUACUUCUAUGCACCUACAACAAAACAUCAGUUUAUGAUGUUGAUAUUGGAAUUUGUUCUGGUAAAAUGUGUGUGCUUUUUAUGUAUAGGUUGCCAAGUUUCAUCAAAAUGAUGUGUAAGAUGAUAUGUAAUCGUAGUGGUUAUGUAACAUGACAGUGUGAUGUGCACAUGUAUGAAGUUGAAAAUAUGAAACUCCUUGUAUUUUUAUAAGAUUUUGUAUUGUUUUCAAAGAUAUGUUAUUACUUAGAUGUGUAUGUGGAGUUGAAUAUUGAAAGCCUACUGACACCGAGGUACAUGUUAAAAGAUCAAAUAUUUUAAUCCAUUCAAACUUUUUUUUACAACAAAUGCAAAAUAAGCUAUUACAACAAUUGCAAAAUCAGCUAUCAGCUCAUAUAAAUCACUCUUGUUGGCCGGGAUGGAAGUGCUCAGGGGGUCUUACUGUGGAAGGCAGCUGGAGUACCAAGGGAAAACCCAUGUGGUUGGACAGGUGACCUCAUACCUGUUAUGUCCUUUUGGUAAUCAAACCCUGGACAGCUAGGUGAAAGGCUAGUGUGUUACCGCUGCACCACCUUACCACCCGAUUCAUUAUGUUAAUUCACUAGUGUACAUUUGACAUUCUUUUUGACCCCAACAAUUCAUGUUAACUAUUUUUUGAUUUAAUAAAAUUUCAUCUUUAUUGAAAUAUAUACACCUUAUUAAAUCCUGUCCUGUCCAGCAAGAGAAAUCAUAGUGCUUGAAUCUCAACUAAAUUAUAUACUCUGAAUUCUCAUUUUACCUUGGAAAAUUAUCAUAUGCUUGAUGAUGGUCACUGUUGUAGAUGUUGACAUGAUUAAGAUGUUGCAGUUAAAAGUAUUGAUGAAUAUAUUCUAAAUUGUUUUAUAAUAGUGGUUUCUGUUGACAGGAAAUCCUUUGAAUUAUGUGUUUGUUAUGUCAUUUGUCCAGACUUAUUUGAUAUUUAUUUUGUUGAUGAUAGAGGAAUGGAUAUACUGAAACAAAUAUGUUGAAGUGAUUGAUUGUUGGAAAUGUAAAAAUGGACUCGUCAGUUAUGAAAUAUGUUAAAUGAUAUUUUCCUAUGAUAUAGGUUAUGCAUUUAUUUACUGCCUUGAAAUGUCUUUGCAUAAAUAUUUAAUUUGUUCACUUUAAUUUACUGAUGUUUUCUUUAUCAAAAGAUCUCAAUGAUGCCUGAAAUUAAUUCAUUAUGCCCUACCAUUGGGGGAGGGGGGAAUAUUUUGAAAAUUUAACCAUAAACUCAAGGUCCUUUUGGUCUUAUUUUACAAUUGAUGUCUCAAACUAACUACCAGCACACAAUGUAAAUAGAUCUGUUUAAGUGCUAAUGUUGAUUUUCUUACAAUAUUUAGUGCUACAAGAGUUGGUAUACUCACAGAAUUAACAGGAGAUAUAGAAAUGAAAUCAAUAUAUAGAUAUAUCAAUAUUAUAAGGAAGAUUAUUAAACAGAAUUUACUGUUUCGAUAUUUUGCUUUUAUUUUAGAUAACCAAGAUGGUACAGGGAUUUUACAGGGUAUUUAAACAUUAUUUUGUUUGGCUACAGAAAGACUUAUCUGAAUUCAAAAAUGUGUGUCACAGAUUUGUAUUUGGUAUUGUUAUUAACAGAAAUAAGCCCAUGUCUGGUAACAGGCACCCCAAAUCUAUUGUAGUUUUAGUAGAAAUGCAAGCAUCCACAUUACCUUGUAAUAAACACAUCCCCUACUUUGAGUCAGAGGACAUGUGCUGGGACCCCCUGUGUCUAUUGUAACAUAAACACCAUAUGUUAAUUAAGACAUGUGGAAAGAAACUCCAUCCUAUCUUGAUCAGCAAAACCUACAUUUUUGUACAUUUUUUGGCUCUUUUUAUCAUGAUUCACUGUCUGACAUGAAUACAUGCUGAACUUAUCAUCCUAAUCUGUUCUCAUUUUAAAGAUGUACAAUUUUUAUUUUGUUUACAAAUCAAAUUGUGUGAAAUGAACUUAAUGACAAGCCUUGUGUCUACAU